CACUCUCUCUGAUUCAAACACUCACUCACCCUCCCAGCCUCCCUCUCUGCUAGACGCAAUUGACUCCCAUCCUGAGACCUCGACUCGACGUUCCUGGGCCUCGAUCGUCGAUCACCGCCAGGCACAGACCCCUGCCGAGCGAAACAGGGUGGCAGGCGACGGGAGCGACCAUCGAGAAUCCUGGAGACUGGGGAGACGCAGAGACAGACCACUGAGAGAGUCGCAUCCUUCAAAUCCUCCUCACUUCUCACUUCUCACUCCUCCUCCUCCUCCUCCUCAUCCUCUCCUCUCCAUCAUUGUCACCCGCGAUCCUCUUCUUCCUGUCGCUCGUUCGACUACACAUCUGCUUUGCCGUCCUCCUGAGCUGCGCUGUCCAGUACUCCGGUAUCCACCUGGCCAAUCCCAUCCGUCUAUCUAAUCUGCCCCAAUCCUCCAAUUGAUUGGAUUGCUCCCCCAGACAGACCCCGUCUUCUCGUCAGCCGCCUCUCCACACCAGCAUGGGCUCAACGCAGUUUGGAAAUUUCCAUGACUUCUGCCGCGACUCGACCUUGCCCGUCUGCAACCUCUUCCCAGGCUUUAGUGAUGCCGACCCCAGCGGUUUCGCGGGAGGCUGUGAGCUCACGGGAAUCCAACUGAAGGAUCACGACAAACACCUGGGCAAUUUGGGUUCCAUCCUCCUCUGCGGCCUUGCGAUUCUGAUCUCCGCCUUUCUCCUAUGGCGAUCGGAACGAAAACAAGCAGCCGUAGGACGCAGAGAGAUCCAACUCUUCCUCCUUGGCUAUAUCAUCAUCGAGAUCUGCGAGAUAUUUACCGUCGGGAAGUUCCCCUUGAGUCGGACGGUUCGCAUCGCCUUUACGGGGAUACACCUCGGCAUGAUAGUGGCAACCCUUUGGAUCCUGAUGCUCAAUGCGGUUGUCGGCUUUCAGUUACUCGACGAUGGCACCCCGCUCUCGCUCGGCCUCAUCCUCGGUUCCGCGUUCGUUCUCUUCAUCGGCACCGGUUACAUUGCUCUCGAUACCGGCUAUAGCUGGACGGGCCACUUUGACUCCAGCUUACAUGGGCACAACCGAAACAUUGCACUGUACGUGCUCUACCAGCUUGCGCCGCUGGUGUUCCUCUUCGUCUUUUUUGUCUUGGAGGCGUUCUUGGUGGUCAGAGUGCUGGGAGAGCGCAAACCCUUGAUCUACCUCAGCCUGGCUGCGUUAUUGUUCGCCAUCGGUCAGAUCUUCAACUACGUAAUCAGCGUCCAUAUCUGCCAUGGAACCCAUGGCAAGAUCGACGGCGCUUUCUUCGAAACGUUCUUCACGCUCCUCUCCGUCGUUACCGUCUGGAUUUUCUGGUCCAGCAUCACGGAAGAUGACUGGCCAAUGCCGACCACCGCAACCACGUAUUCAUGACCAUAAUCUCGAAAAUGAAAUGGGUGUACGGAGUUUGGAAGCAUUUGUAAUGAAGCGACAUACCUACGUCCUUGGGACGAUAUUGUUUUAGAUGGGAUUUUACAGCGCAUAUGGGGAAGACAGGUCUUCAGGAGGCACCAGGCGAUAUCAUGGAUUAUGCAUUGCAGUUAGGCCUGAGGGAGGCUAUGGUAAAGAGAAUAAUA